AUGGAGGUGGCUCUCGGCUCGGCGGCCUCGCUCCUCGGCAAGGUGUUGAGGACGCUGUCCGACAGCCUGGUGGCGGUUUACGUGGACAGCCUUCAGCUCGGCCACAACUCCGAGCAGAUCAAGGACAAGCUGCUGCACGCGCAAGGCCUCCUGCACAACGCCCAGGGGAGCCAUGUCUGCCACAGCCCUGGCCUGCAGGGGUUGCUGGAGAAGUUGAGCAGGGACGCCGACCAGGCAGAGGACCUGCUGGAUGAGCUCCACUACUUCCAGAUCCAUGACAGGCUACACGGCACCCACUACGCCACCACCCAAGAGGCCGGCGUUGAUGGCCUCAGGCAUCAAGCUCUCCAUGCCGGUACUGCUCUUCGCCACACCUUAGUCCGGUUCUUUUAUUCCUCGCGUACACCCAAGACCAAGAGGGAUGGUAGUGAUGAUGAUGCUGCUGUUGUCGGCCGCGUCACCAAAAAAUCCAAAACCAACUCUGCUAGUGCUAGUGCUAGUGCUGAUGGUGAUGAUAUGCUGCAUUUCGACAGAGUGUCCAUGUCCAGCAAGAUCAAGUCCCUGUUACAGGGCAUGCAGUCCCACUGUGAUUCGGUCUCCAAUUUGCUCGGCAUCGGCAGUAUCCCAAGCAAUGGCACCGCAUUGUCAGUCGUCCUACAUCGGCCUCAGACUGCUUCCAUGAUUAUACAAGACACAUUGUAUGGCAGGAGAGACGUUUUUGAGGAAACUGUCAAUCGUAUCACCACUCUUACCGGUACCGCACAGACUGAGACUGUUUCUGUUCUUCCUAUAGUUGGUCCAGGGGGGAUUGGCAAGACAACUUUAGCCCAACAUCUUUAUAAUGAUGGCAGGACUAAAAAGCACUUUGAUGUUCCAGUCUGGGUAUGCGUAUCGACUGAUUUCGAUGUGCUUAAGCUCACCAGGGAGAUCCUUGCCUGCAUAACUGCAACUGAAGAAGGAGGAAGGGGCAGUGCUGCAAAUGAAACAACCAAUUUAGACCAGCUUCAGAAAUCCAUUGCGCGCCGUAUCAAGUCCAAGAGGUUUCUGAUUGUCUUGGAUGAUAUAUGGAGAUGUGACGGUGAGGAUCAGUGGAAGACCCUGCUAGCUCCGUUCACAAAGGGGGAAGCCAAAGGAAGCAUGGUACUUGUCACAACUCGAUUCCCAAAGGUAGCAGACAUGGUGAAAACAGUUGAUCCACUAGAGCUGCGAGGUUUGGAGUCUAAUGACUUCUUCACAUUCUUUGAAGCAUGUAUAUUUGGUGAAGACGACAAGCCUGAGCAUUACGAAGAUGAGUUUGCUGGUAUUGCACGAAAAAUAGCAAACAAGCUAAAGGGUUCCCCACUCGCAGCCAAAACAGUUGGUAGACUAUUGCACAAGCACCUUUCUCAGGAACAUUGGAAUGGAGUUCUUGAAAAGCAUCAGUGGCUAAAGCAGCAAGAAAAUGAUGAUAUCAUGCAAUCUUUAAAGAUUAGCUACGAUUACCUCCCAUUUGAUCUGAAGAAAUGCUUUUCCUAUUGUGGCCUUUUCCCUGAAGAUCAUAGGUUUACUUCUUCAGAAAUCAAUCAUUUCUGGGUUGCAACAGGCAUCAUAGACUCUAAUCACCAAGCCGAUAGGAAUUACUUGGAAGAACUAGUGGACAAUGGUUUUCUCAUGAAGGAAUUAGAUGAUUACGUUGGUGGAUACUGCUAUGUAAUGCAUGAUUUAAUGCAUGAGCUAUCUAAGAGUGUUUCUGCACAGGAAUGCCACAAUAUAAGUGGCUUUGGUUUCAGAGCUGACGCCAUCUCGCAAUCUGUUCGGCACUUAUCUAUCAACAUAGAAGACAUAUAUGAUGCAAAUUUUGAGAAAGAAAUGUGUAAACUAAGGGAGAGGAUAGAUAUUGCUAAUCUGCGGACUUUGAUGAUUUUUAGAGAGUAUGAAGAAGAAAGAAUCGCCAAGAUUUUGAAAGAUAACUUCAAGGAAAUAAAUAGUCUGCGUGUCCUAUUUAUAGUGGUGAAGUCUGCACAAUCUUUUCCGGAUAGGUUUCCAAAACUUAUCCACCUCCAAUACCUCAAAAUUAGUUCAUCUCUUGAUGGUGACAGGGAAAUGAGGUUACCUAGCACAUUACCAAGAUUUUAUCACUUGAAAUUCUUGGACCUAUAUGAUUGGAAUGGUCGUUCUGAUUUGCCUGAAGACUUUAGCCACCUUGAGAAUUUACAUGAUUUCCAUGCUCGAAGUCAUCUCCACUCCAACAUUCGCAAUGUGGGAAAGAUGAAACAUCUGCAGGAGCUAAAAGAAUUCCAUGUUAAAAAGGAGAGCAUGGGAUUUGAACUAACAGAACUUGGGGCAUUGGCAGAGCUUGAAGGACGACUGGUUAUACGUAGUCUUGAUCAAGUGGCAACCAAGGAGGAAGCUACUGCAGCCAAACUGAUGUUGAAAAGGAAUCUGAAGGAGCUGGAAUUACUCUGGGGAAGGGAUGGACCAACUACAGAUGUUGAUAUUCUUGCAAGCUACUUGACCCAAACAGAGCUGGAAUUAGUGUGGGGUAGAGAUGUUCAAACUGCAGAUGCUGAUAUUCUUGAUGCUCUUCAACCACACUCUAAUCUUAGAGUACUUACAAUUGCAAAUCAAGGUGGUACUGUUGGUCCUAGUUGGUUGUGUCUUGACAUCUGGUUAACUAGUUUAGAGAGACUCACUAUAGAAGGCGUAUGUUGGAGCACCCUCCCACCUUUUGGGAAGCUACCAAAUCUCAAGGUACUCAAUUUGAAGAAAAUUUCUGGAAUGAAUCAGUUUGGGCUGCGAUGUGGUGGCGCUCCAGGGAAAUGUUCUAUGCGCUUGAAGACAGUCGAGUUUUAUGAUAUACCACAACUUGCUGAGUGGGUUGUGGAACCUAAUUGCCAUUCCUUUCCAAGUCUUGAAACAAUCGAAUGCAUCGGUUGUCCCAAUCUCUGUGUGAUGCCCUUGUCGGAGGUAUCUUGCACCAAUUUGCGCACACUUCGAAUUGUCAAGUGCCCCAAGAUGUCUCUGCCCUCCAUGCCUCAAACCUCCACACUGACAGAUUUGAAUGUUGAAAGCGGUGGAAGACGUUAUUCACAAACAUUGUUGUCUUAUGAUGGAAACAGAUUGGUUGUUACAGGGUAUGGCGGUGCUUUGGCCUACCACAAUCUGGAGAAAGUAGAAUAUAUGGCUAUUGAAAAUGUAUCGCACAUAUCAUUGACAGACAUCAAAAAGCUUAAAUCCUUAACAGAACUAAGUGUCGGAAGAUGCGACGAUUUGUUCCCUGAAGAGCUGGAUGGCAGUAUUGUCUUCCAUUCAGUUAAGAGUCUCGAAUUAGACGCAUCUCAUCUUACCAGCAGCAAAUCAUCAUCGUCGAAAGUGUUAAACUGUUUCCCAGCUCUUUCUGUGUUGGUGAUAGUUGGCUAUGAGGAAUGUGUAAUGCAGUUCCCAUCAUCCACCUCACUGCAGAAACUUACCUUCUCAAGGUGUAAGGGCCUAGUUCUUGUGCCUGUGGAGAAUGGAGGAGGAAUUCAGGAGGACAAGUCAUUGCUCCAAUCAUUAACCAUAGUCAGCUGUGGCGAAUUGUUCUGUCGGUGGCCAAUGAGAGAAUCAGAGACCAUUUGCCCUUUCCCUGCUUCCCUGAGGGAACUUGAUGUUCGUGAAGAGCCAAGCAUGAAGUCAAUGGCUCUGCUCUCAAACCUCACGUCUCUCACCACUCUAAGCCUAAAAGACUGCUGUAAUCUAACAGUGGACGGAUUCAAUCCUCUCGUCGCAGUCAACCUCAUGGAACUGGAUGUGCGUAUGUGCAAAACCUUAGCAGCAGAUAUGCUCUCAGAGGUGGCCAAAUUAUUGCCUGCAGGUUACAUCUCUAGACUAGAGAAACUCACGGUGGAUGACAUCUGUGGAUUGCUUGUUGCUCCUAUUUGCAACCUCCUCGCCCCGGCCCUCCACACACUUAUAUUCGAGAAAGACAAUGAGAGGAUGGAAGGCUUGACGGAAGAGCAAGAGAAAGCGCUGCAGCUCCUCACCUCCCUCCACAACCUAGGAUUUUGGUGGUGCGACGGUCUGCAGUCCCUUCCUCAAGGGUUACAUCGUCUCUCUUCUCUCAAGGAGUUACGUGUCUUUGGGUGUGAAGAAAUCCGAUCGAUGCCCAAGGAGGGCCUCCCCGUUUCGCUGAGAGAACUCCAGAUGAAUUGUCGCAGCGCUGAGAUAAAGGAGCAAAUUGAGAAAAUCAAAAGAGCCAACCCAGAUUUGUACGUCUAUUGAAGCUGACAUAUUUGCAAGAUUGAUAUUUCGCAAGUGGUCAAGUGGAAGCAGAUACAACCAACCGACUCUUCAUUCUGCAACGCAAUGCUAGCUGUUAACUCUUCAUUCUGCUAGAUGAUCGAUAUUUCUCUGCAACUCAAGCCUGCCGGUUAUGGCUUCUAUUCCCUAUGUGAAUGUGAAAUAAAAAAGGACUCAUUUGAUACCCAUCAAGAAGAAGACUUUAGUCGUAGCUGCAAAGUAUUUUUGACACCAGAACUGAUGGUGGAAUUAUCAGGCUUGUGCUAUUUUUUCGCAUGAACAUGCCAAUUUAACUGCUGGCAUCAGUGGCAGCGAGGAGGAGGUUGAUGUAUAAAAGCAGCUCUCUGAUGUUCUCCGCAGAGAGGGCUUGUCUUGGUGGUGCCGAAUGGACCGAAGCAAUGAGGAUUAUCAACCUAUGAAUGAUUGGGUGUAGAAGCUGAUUCAGAGCAAACAAAAGAAACAAA